AUGAGUGGAGAGGAGCAGAUUUUCACCUACGAUGGCAAGGACUACAAGGGCGUGACCGAAGGCAAGGCCACCAUCCUGGUCCCCGCGGAAGUCAGCGACAAAAAGGGCCAGCAGGUGUUUUACAACCCUAUCCAGCAGUUCAACCGAGAUCUUUCUGCGCUGGCCAUCAGAGUAUACGGCGAGGAGGUCGUCGAGAGGAAGGCUGCGCAGGCCGCGAAGGCUGCUGAGGCCGCAGCCAAGCGCAAGGACAAGAAGAGACGACGUGCGGCUGCAGAUGAGGGCACUAACCGGCCGGCCAAGGUGCAGGUUACAGACGACGGCAAGGCCGCUGAGGUUACCAACGGCGGCGAGACGCAACUCGAGAAUGGAGUCAAUGCCACCGGCACUGAGGCUCAGGCUUCUGAGGCAACUUUAACCGUCGCCGAGGUGCCGGCAGGAGCCACGGAAGCCAAGGAUGGGCAGGCCGAGGGUGACGACGCAAAGCCUGUGCCUGAGAAGGAGUCGGCGCCCCCUCGCUUUACCAUUCUGGACGCCUUGUCGGCCUCUGGUCUUCGCGCGUUGCGCUACUCCCACGAGUUGCCCUUCGUGACGUCGGUGACCGCCAACGAUCUGACCAAGAGUGCGAUUGAGUCAAUCAAGUUGAACAUUAAGCACAACGGACUGGAAGAUAAGAUUGUGACGAGCCACGACGAUGCAAUCGCCCACAUGUACCGGCGCAUCGCCGAUGACCUGUCGAACAGAGACCGGUUCGGCAACCCCAGCAAGGAGAACAGGUAUGACGCGAUUGACCUGGACCCUUACGGAACCGCCGCGCCCUUCCUAGACGCUGCCAUCCAGGCCGUUAGAGACGACGGUGGCCUGCUUGCCGUCACCUGCACCGACGGCAGUCACUGGGCUGGACACUGCUACGCCGAAAAGUGCUUCUCCCUGUACGGAGGUGCUCCCGUGAAGGGUCUUCACUCGCACGAAGUGGGCAUUCGUCUGAUCCUCCACGCCUUGGCAAGCGCCGGAUCAAAGUACGGGUUGACCAUUGAGCCGCAGCUGUCCCUCUCCAUCGACUUUUACUGCCGAGUUUUUGUCAAGGUCCGCAAGUCCAAGGACGCCGUCAACUACCAGGGCGGCAAGACGAUGAUCAUGUACAACUGCCCCGGGUGCUCGGCCUGGGAGACGCAGCCCAUGGUCCGGACGCGCGCUGCGCCCAAGAAGAGGGAGGGAUACUUUUACAAGCACGGCCUGUCCCAAGGACCCCCAACCGACUCACACUGCAGACACUGCGGUUCGAAGAUGCACAUCGCCGGCCCCAUGUACAGCGGCCCCUUGCACAACGCCGAGUUCAUCCAGCGUAUUCUUGACAUCUUGCCGACGGUCGACAAGAAUGUGUACCAGACGACUUCCAGAAUCGAGGGCAUGCUCCAGACGGCUCUCGAGGAGUACCUCCCGGGCCCGGAACCAGCAGAGGACCUUGACCCCAAGGACAAAGAGCUGGCGAGAGUGGACCACUACCCCUUCUUCGUCAUGCCUUCGAGGUUGGCCGGUACGCUAAGCACGCAGCAGCCGCCGGAUGACAUGUUUAGGGGUGCGCUCAAGCAUCUCGGCUAUCGCGUCACCCGCAGCCAUUGCCGUCCCGGAAGCGUCAAGACAGACGCGCCAUGGGACACGAUUUGGUUUGUGAUGCAGGAAUGGGUUCGCCAGAAGGCGCCGGUGCGCACAGAAAAGAUCAACUCGCACAUGCCGGCGUACAAGCUGCUGGGCCUGGACAAGGCGGACAAGGCAGACAAGGCAGACACCAACGGAAACGCCACGGAGGUAAAGGAGGCCGAUGCUGAUACCGCGGUGGAGGCGGCGGCGGAGCAGGAAGAGAAGACUGCUGACGUCGAGAUGAAGGACGGGUCAGGGGUGGAGAAGACAGAGCACAAGGGCGAAGAAAAGGUGUCGGAAGAGGCGUUGCGCAAGACGCUCGUGUUCGACGAGAACCUCGCCAAGCUCGGCAAGCGUAGGGAGCAGAGAAAGUUGGUUAGAUACCAGAUGAACCCGCGGGAGAACUGGGGCCCCAUGACGAGAGCGAAGGGCGCGUGA